GGCAGCCAUUUGUGCCCGCCCCCCUGGUUUUCUCCAGUCGAGUGACGCCAGGGACUGUCCCAAUGGCGGCGGUCACGGCGGCUUCUCGCAGACUUGGAGACCUGCUGAAAUGGCGACUGACAGCCCCCACCCACCGGGGUCUGAACCUUAGCCUUCGCCCCAUGGGCUCCUCUGCACCCAGUGAGACCCCCGGAGCUGCCCCCAGCAAAGCCCCAGACCACAGCUAUGAGUCCCUUCGGGUGACAGCUGCCGAGAGACACAUUCUGCACGUGGAGCUAAACCGGCUGGAGAAGAGGAAUGCCAUGAACAGGGCCUUCUGGAGGGAGAUGGUGGAAUGCUUUAAGAAGAUAGCGCAAGACGCCGACUGUCGGGCUGUGGUGAUCUCUGGUUCAGGAAAAAUGUUCAGUGCAGGUAUCGACCUCGUGGACAUGGCUUCGGACCUCCUCCAGCCCCAGGGAGAAGACGCAGCGCGCAUCAGCUGGCACCUCCGCAGGCUCAUCGCCAGCUACCAAGAGACCUUCAGCGUCAUCGAGAAGUGCCCUAAACCGGUGAUCGCAGCCAUCCACGGGGGCUGCAUCGGCGCAGGCGUGGACCUCAUCACUGCCUGUGACAUCCGCUACUGUGCCCAGGAUGCUUUCUUCCAGGUGAAGGAGGUGGACAUAGGUUUGGCGGCCGAUGUGGGAACCCUGCAGCGACUGCCCAGAGUCAUCGGGAACCAGAGCCUGGUCAACGAACUGGCCUUCACCGCCCGCAAGAUGAUGGCUGACGAGGCCCUGGGCAGUGGGCUGGUCAGCCGGGUGUUCCCAGAAAAAGAGGUCAUGCUUGAUGCCGCCUUCGCCCUCGCCGCCGAGAUUUCCAGCAAGAGCCCCGUGGCGGUGCAGGGUACCAAAAUCAACCUGCUCUACUCCCGCGACCAUUCGGUGGCCGACAGCCUCAACUACGCGGCGUCCUGGAACAUGAGCAUGCUGCAAACCGAGGACAUCGUUAAGUCCGCCCAGGCCGCGAUGGAGAAGAAGGAACUGAAGAAUAUCACUUUCUCCAAUCUCUGAGAGCCCCCGCGUCCCCACCCUGGCCCGGGGUCUGGCCUUGUUCCGCCUCGUGCCCGUGUUUCCUCACCUGCAGAGCGGGAGGAUGGGUGAAGAUGGUCACCUGGCCGCCUUCUCACCCAGCCUCCCCGUUUAUAACUUUAUGACACUGACUUCCUCAUCUUAUCUUUGCCUUACUAACAAUAAAGCGAAGUAAAGAA